AUGGAAACCCAAGCCAAAGAAAUGGAGGAGAGAGAGAAGUCCCCCGAGUUCAAGGAUUUGCUGCCCAGCCAAACUGCCAGCACCUUGUGUAUCAGCUCGCGCAGCGAAUCUGGCUGGAGUGCUCCCCCGCUGAACAAGUGGGACGUGUACCACAAGCCGGUCAUCGUCCUGUCCGUGGGUGGUGCGGUGUUCCUCUUCGGCGUGGCCAUCACCAGCCUGACCUGCCUCACUGCAGACAAAAAAAGCAACGUGACCAAGGAAAGCAGAGACAACAGCACGACCAAGGAGGCCUUUAAACUGUGCGGGCCGGCCUUCCUGUCGCUGGGCCUCAUGAUGCUGGUGUGCGGCCUCGUCUGGAUCCCCAUCAUCCGCAAGAAGCUGCCCCAGAAGCAGAAGUACCACAUCCUCCAGAGUGUCAUGUCUUUCUUCUUCAACCGCUGA